AUGGCUGAUUCAAAUAGACAGCGCAUCUUUUCUGCUGAAUAGGUAGUAGUCAACUCAGAGUUCCCCAAGAUCAUUCUUGAGUACUCAAAGGAAGUCAUUAGAAGCAACCCAUCUGAUAUUGCUGUGUUCUCAAGAGCUUACUUUGAGCAAAAACUCAAGGAAACUGGAUUCUGGGAAGAUAAUAUGGAAAAAUUACAAAUCCAGAGAAAGGACAUGAUCUAUCAAAAGGGAGAAAAUUUCUAUAAUCAUUACAAGAUAGGCAAAGUCAUUGGAGACGUUACCUUCAGCAAAGCUAGAUUCUGUACGCACAAGAAAACUGGCCAGGAAAAAGCAGUUAAGAUAUAUGACAAGACAACGAUUGAGGACUUGCCAAGCUACAUGGAUAAAAUUGAUCUGCUAAACGAAUUGGAUCACCCACUGAUACUGAACUACCAAGAGAUCUACGAGGAUGACGACUAUCUAUAUUUUGUGAGUGAAUUAAUGCUAGGAGGGGAUCUUUAUGAUGCUCUAGCAGCUAAGGGUAACUAUUCAGAGAAGGAUGCAGCAUUGGUGAUAAAACAGUUACUACAAGCAAUAGCCUACUUGCAUUCAAAGGGGGUAGUUCAUAGAAAUAUCAGAGCAGGUAACAUUUUACUGGUUGAACCGAAGAGACUCAAUCUUAGAUUGAUUGAUUUCGAUUUCGCUGGAGUCAAACCUGCAGGUGAAGGAUUCUUAUCCAAAGAAGAAGGCAACCCAGUAUACGAAGCUCCAGAAGUUAUUAGAAAUAGCUACAAUGAGAAAUGCGAUGUUUGGAGUCUUGGCUGUUUACUGUACUUGCUGAUUGCAGGCUACUUACCAUUCUGGGCCAACUACAAUCACGAGGUUGUGGAAAAGGUUCUCAAGGGCUACUAUGAUCUUGAAGAGGCAGAUAUUUGGUACUUUGUUUCAGAAGAUGUGAAGGACCUCAUUAGAUCCAUGCUUGAGUAUGACCCAAACAAGAGAGUCUCAGCCGUUUAAGCACUUAGACAUCCUUGGUUUGAUAUUCUUAAGAAGGGUAACUAAAAGCCAAACAAGGAUCUAGGUAAAUCACUUUAGAACCUCUACGAGUUCAAUGCUGGCACCAAGCUUAAGCAAGCAGUACUUGGCUUCUUCACCAAGAAUCUUAUGACAUAACAGGAAGUUGAUCAACUUUCUCAGUAAUUCGGCGAUAUUGACAAGAACCAGAACGGCACACUCUCAAGAGAGGAGAUCCAAGAAGCAUAUAAGGUCAUAAAGGGUGUAGACUUCGAUGAGGAUGAAGUCAACGAGUUGUUCAACCGAGUAGAUGCUGACGGCAGCGGAGAAAUUGAUUAUUCAGAGUGGCUAAUGACUGCAGUCAGUAAAGAUAAGUUGUUGCAGAAGGAGAAACUGGAGAUGGCCUUCAACUUGUUUGACAAGAAUGGGGACAAACAGAUCUCAUAUCACGAAAUUGUGGCCUUGCUCAGCCAGGUCAAGAGUCUCAACCAAGAGGCAGUCGAGAGAGCAGUCAAGGAGGUCGAUAAAAAGGGCAGAGGCCAACUCACUUUCAAGGAGUUCAAGAGAUUCAUGGAGAAACUAUUCGAGUGA